GUUGUGGUUUAGUGAGAUUUGAACGCUUCCUGGUUUAACACCCUGUAAUAGUUAUAUUACAUACUGUACUGUACCUGACCUGGAGGCUAUAAGUAGCCUAUUAUACCGUGUUAGAAAUAGCACCAAAUCGGACACCGAAUAGGUAGGUGAGAAUAAAAAAAUACGCCGUAUUUUGAUACACUUGAACCGUACUUUUUUGUUUUCUUGGUUUCUGUAGGCGCUUCGUUCCCCCCUGUCAUCCACUUUUGAUAGAACGCCCCGAGCGUUUUAAUGAUGCGUAACUGACGCGCGGUCAUCAACGGACAUUCUCCCUGAUGUCACUUCUCAACAUGCGGACCACCUGUUUUAUGGCCGUGAUCUUGUGGCUCACAACUGGUUCAUCUCGUUGUCAAACACCAAUUCCCAAUGUUCACGGAGGGUUAGGUGCAGUUCUGGGGGUGUCCAACGCCAGCGUCCUCCUGCAAGAUCCCAGCUCUGAGACACUCUACCUGGGAGCCAGAGGCUCCAUCCUGGCCCUGCACACCUCCAACCUCACCUGGAAACACCCAUCAGAUGACUGUUAUAACUACAUCUGUCUGCUGGAGGUUCUGAAGGAUGGAAGGAUCUACGUCUGUGGCUCCUACGCCUACAAUCCCAAGUGUGCUUUCAUUGACCCAGUGACGUUUGUCCUAGUGAAGGAAGGUGGUGACAAAGUGAAGAUGGAGAAUGGGAAGGGGAAGUGUCCUUAUGAUCCCAGACAACCUCACACUGCUGUUACUGCAGAUGGAGUGCUGUACACCGCCUCCCCUUCUAACUUCCUGGGCACGAUGUUUGACAUCACCAGGGCAACAGGUCAAGAGGUGCACGUACAUCAGUCCAUCAACUGGCUCAGUGAUCCAGAGUUUGUGAGUUCGGCGCUGGUCAGGGAGAGUCCUGGAGAUGAUGAUAAAAUCUACUUCUUCUUCACGGAGAACGCCUUAGAGUACGACCUUUACACCAAGGUCAGGGUGACACGGUUGGCCAGAGUCUGCAAGGGAGACGUGGGGGGCUCUAAGACCCUGCAGAAGCGCUGGACCAGUUUCCUGAAGGCUCAGCUGGUGUGUCAGGACCGGGACAGUGGCCAGCACUACACCGUCCUGACCCACGCCUACCCCCUGGAACACCGCCUGGGAGACCCCAGCAGCACACACUUCUACACCCUCUUCACCUCCCAGGGGAAAGGAGAGCGCGUGUCAGCAGUGUGUGUGUACAGCCUGGCUGACAUCACCAAGGUGUUUGCGACGGGAGGCUUCAGAGAUAUGAAGAGGAACUGUGUGAACAGUGGCAGCUCUGAGUCUGUACCCGACCCCCGACCUGGACAGUGUAUCAACCAUGUCCUGAGAGCCCGGGGUUACAACUCCUCCUUCGACAUGCCCGACCGCGUGCUGCAGUUUGCCAAGGAACAUCCUCUGUUGACGAACACUGUGGAUGCAGCGCCCCUCCUGGUGAGGAGGGGAACCACAUACACCAGGAUCACAGCCACCAACAUCUCCAACAGUGAUGCUGCCCUACUACAUCUGGGAACAGAUCAGGGGGAGUUACACAGUGUGUCUAUUGUUGGUCGUACUGCUACUCUGCUGCAGGAGAUUCCUCUGACAACCUCAGCAGAGCCCGUCAACAACAUCCUCAUACACCAGGGCCAUGUGGUGGUGGGCUCCCCCUCCUCUCUGUCCCUUGUGCCAGUAGAGGGGUGCAGGGUGUACUCCAGCUGUCAGGUGUGUGCCCGGGCAGCAGGAUUAGGUUGUGCGUGGGACGUCAACACGAGAGCAUGCGUUGCGGAAUCUCCAGUGCAGAGGGAGUCAGAGGACCCUUUGAAGGUGUGUGGCACUGGAGAGGGUCGUUGUUCCCCUGUGGUGAAAGAGCUGCGUGUGAAGAUGGGCCUGGUGGUCCUCCUCCCCUGUGACCACCCCCAUCUCUCCCCUCUCCCCUGCGUCUGGGAGCACCCCCAGGGCCGCCACACCCUGCAGCACCACUCCCACCUGGAGGUCACUGUCUCCGGAUCCAGCCUGGGCCUCUACUCCUGCCGCUGCUCAGCCUGGGGUAGUGAACCCUGCCUCACAGCCUCCUACCAGCUCACCAUGGAGGACCUCAGUGUCGAAGGCAGGGUGGACCCGGGGCUGUCGAGAUCACCGGUAUGGGUAUACAUCUCCUGUGUCCUGCUGGGGGUGCUGGUUGGAGCUUUAGGAGCCACUGUGUUCCUGAAGAGGCUUUGCUGGAGAGCAGCCCAGCACACCCCAUUAGAGGACAGAAAUGGGGGGGGAGCCAAUCAAGGACAGCAGGGGCGGGGCCCCACCUGUUAUGAGAAUAAGCUGGUGAUGGGUGACACGUCGGCCGGCCAAUCGGGAGAGGGCGUUUUGUGAAGAGAUGUCCAGAAUUGACUUAAUUGAAGGGAGUGUUUUGCCAGGUACCGCUUAGAGACUACUCUCUCUGAGGCUUUCUUUCUGUGUCUCUCUCUGUGUCUCUUUCUCUGUGUCUCUCCCUCUGUGUGUCUCUGUCUCUCUCUGUGUCUCUGUCUCUCUCUCUCUGUGUCUCUCUG